GGGGUGAGUAUGAAUAGCUGCUGCGCUCGCCCGCGCCCGCACCGCUCCUGCCGUCGUCCUCGGGCUCCCCGAUGCUGAGCAUGGAGGGCUUGGUGGGGGCCAGGCUGCUGGGCGAGGAGUCGCUGCAGAUGUGGGACCUCAACAAGCGCCUGGAGGCCUACCUGGCCCGCGUGAAGUUCCUGGAGGAGGAGAACGAGGGGCUGCGAGCCGAGAUCCGCGGCGCCAAGAGCGGCCCCGCCGCGGAGCCGUGGAGGGCCAAGUACGAGGAGGAGCUGCGAGCCCUGCGGGCAGCGCUGGAGCGCGCCUUCAGGGAGAAGUGCUCGGCCGAGCUGGCCAGGGACAACCUCUACGAGGAGGUGCAGCACGUGAAGAGCAGGUGCCAGAAGGAGCAGGCGGCGCGGGAGGAAGCCAAGAGGCAGCUGGCGGCCGGCAAGAAGGAGCUGGAGGAGGAGAGGAGGGCGCAGAUCUGGCUGAAGGAGCGAGCCGUGCAGCUGGAGAAGGAGGUGGGAGCCCUGCUGGAGGUGCACGAGGAGGAGAAAGCGGGGCUGGACCGGGAGCUCGCCAGCUUCUCGCUGAGCCUGGAGAGCCUGCGCUGCGUGCCGGCGGCUUUCCAGCCGCUGGAGGUGGAGGAUUACUCCAGGAGGCUCGCGGAGAUCUGGAGAGGGGCGGUGGAGACCUACAAGGCAGAGGUGGCGCAGCUGGAGGGCUCGCUCGGCCAGGCCAAGGAGAGCCUCUGGAAGGCGGCGGAGGACAACCAGCAGAGCCAGCUGCAGCUGCAGCACCUGGACAAGGAGCUGGCGGCGCUGAGAGCGCGCAAGGAGCUGCUGGAGGACAACCUGGCCCGGCAGUGGCAGGAGCAGCGCGGGGAGGCUGAGAAGUUCCAGCUGGCCAUCGAGGCCCUGGAGCAGGAGAAGCAGAGCCUGCGGGCGCAGAUCGCCCAGGUCCUGGAGGACAGGCAGCAGCUGAUGCACCUCAAGAUGUCCCUCAGCCUGGAAGUGGCGACCUACAGGACGCUGCUGGAAGCGGAGAGCACCCGGCUGCAGAUGGCCCCCGGGGAGUUCAAGCUGGCCAACGGCUUGCGAGAUGUCAAGCUGGAGGCGAGCAGCAGCAAGCACCGCGCCGGCCCCGCCGCCUUCCCUUGGCCGGAGGGGACAGCGCAGCCACCCAGGGCCCCAGGGGACGACCUCAAGGCUCCGACCCCCAAAACCAAGAGCCCCGGCGCCAGGGAGUUCCAAAAAAUCAGCUCGGUCCUGCAGGCACCGAGGGCCAGGGAGCCGGCUGCCCCUACCCACGCCGCCCCGCUGUUCUCCCCGGGGAGCCCGGGGGCAGAGGGUCCUGCCCGGCCGGGGGGGGACGCGGGGGAGAGGAGCCCGGAGGAGCCCCCCGAAGGCCCCGAGGAGCCCCCCGGGACGCCGCCCGCCCAGGGCCAGCUGUACCCCGAGCAGCUGGUGAGCCACGUGCUGCAGGACGCGCUCAAGGAGAUGCAGGACGAUGCCCAGCCCAAAGAGGAGCCCGCGCUCAGCGCCGCCUGCGCCCCCCGGGACGCCCGCUCCCCCGGCCCCUCUCCGCCCGUGGAGGCUUGCGAGGCCGAGGAGGCCGGGGACGAGGGGGGAGAGCCGGCCCUGAGCGUUGGGGUCCCCGAAAUGGAGGAGGAGGAAGCCGGAGGAGGCGUCCCCGAGGGGCUGGGAGGCGAGAGCAGCGCUCAGCAGGACGGCACCGGUCCCCGCGGCGCUGCGCCCGCGUCCCCCAGCGACACGGAGAGCCAGGAGGAGACGGGACCCUGGGAGGAGGAGGAGGAGGAGGAGGAGGAAGGGAGCAAGGAGGAGGAGAUACCGAGCCCACCGAGCCCAGAACAGAGCGGGGGGCUGCGGGGAGCGCCCCGGGAAGGGGACGUGAGCGGUCCCAUCCAGGCAGGGACCGGCGAGGAGGAGCCGGAGCCGGGGGAGGACGACGUGGAGGCCACCAGCACGGAGGCGCUGCACCUCUCGGAGGACGAGGAGCCGAGGCGAGCCUGGAGCCCCUCCAGGGAGGACGAGGAGCUCCCGGAGCAAGAGAGGGAGAGGCGAGAGGAGGAGUGCCCGCAGGGGGAGAUCGAAGCCGCUUGCGCGCUCCCGGUGGGAAGCCGCCCGGUUCUCCCCUCGGAAAGCAGCCUGGAGGAGGAGGACUUGGUUGGGGGAGAGCAGGAGGAGUUUGGGCACCAGGAGAUGCCCCCCGGGGGGGCGGCUGCGGCUGCAGGAGGGGAAAGGGAGCAGGAGACGUGCCCAGAGCUGGAGUCCCCCAGCAGCCGGGAGGCCGGGCCGGCAGAAGAAGACUCGCUGGGGGCUGAAGGAGGGGAGACCGCAGACAGAGCAGGGGAUGGCGAGGAAGAAGAGGGAGAGGAAGGAGAGGAGGCGAUGGGGGGAGAGCACCCCCGGGCAGGGGAGGCCUGGGGGGACGAGGAGCUGAGGCAGGAGAGCGGUGGCUUGGAGGAGCCGGAGGAGCUGCAGGAGGACGGGCUGGAGCAGGACACGGAGCUGCAGCCGGGAGAGGACGCCUGGGGCACGGGGGAUGAGGACAACGGCCGAGAGCAUCGAGCAGAGGAUUGGGAAGGGGCAGCGGGGGACGUGGAGGGGACAGGAGGGGACGCCAACGUCACACCCGAAGAGCCAGCCCGGGCGGACGACAACCCGCCAAGCACGGGGGCACCAGAAAGCCAGGAGGGAGCCGGCGGCACGCCGCCCGCGGAGUUGAAGGAGGCGCAGGAGGAGGAUGAGGAAGCUGCUGGGAGCGAGGUGCUGAGCCAGCAGCAGGCACCAACACAAGGCGAAGAGGAGCAGGAGGCUGAGCCGGCCCCGGGGCUGGAGGAGGCUGAGCAGGGGGGCACCACGGAGGCACCCGGGGACGCCCACGACCCGUCCGAGGCGCUGGAGGAGGUGUGGGAGGCACAGGGCGCCGCAGGCGAGCUCGGCUCGGAGCCAGCGGAGCUGGAGAGCGGCAACACCGACCCCGCAGAACCUCAGCAGGAUCCGGGCAGUGGCGUGGGGAGCGCUGAGCCCACGGAAGAGGACGCUCAGCGGUCAGGGACGGGCAGGAUUGAGCUGGAGGACACCCUGCCCGACAGCACGCCGCUGAGCGCGUACCAAGGGGAGAUGCUGGCUGCAGCCAGCCCAAACCCCGUGGCCAGCGAGGAGGCCACAGAGACAGCGCCCGGAGCUGAAACGGAGCUGGAGGAUGACGAGCAGCUGGGAGGGAGCCACGAGGCAGCAGCUGCCUCGGUGCCAGAGAGCCACAAAGAGGAGUCGGAGACGGAGCUGGCCCCUGCGACGGAGUGUGCCGAGGAAGAGGAAGGGUAUUUCAUGGUUUCUGCUCCCAGCCAAGAGGCGUCCAGCUGGGAGGAAGCUGAGAUCUCGGAGGACUUUGAAGAAAUUAAAGUUGAAGCGGCUGAAGCCGGCCAGGAAGAACUCAAAGCUCCUGGAGACGCAUCUCCGGAGCCAGAGGCCGAAGAGCACUUGGAGGCUUUUGGGGGUGAAGAUGAAGAUGUGAAGAUGCCCCCAGAAGAACAGGAGAUGCCGAAGGAUGAGGACGAGGAUGAUGCUGGGGGCUUUGCCGCCGAGCUGGAGGAAGGCUCGGCCGUGCCAGCGGCACAGCCCAGCUCCCCCGCGGCCGAGGGGCCGUCUGUGGGGCACGCCGACGAGGCACCCCAGGGUGACGAGGGACGGGGGCACUCCGAGGGCUCCGCCGCCGAGCCAGAGGAGGAGCUCGAUGGCACGGGCGAGCAGGAGCACGGGGCCAGCGGAGAAGAUGUUGCAGUCCCAGGCUGCGAUGCCCCGGGGCCGCAGAGACCGGCGGAGACCCCCCCGGGGCAGGAGGACGAGCGCAUCCCCCCGGCAGAGCUCCAGCCACCGGCGGCUCCGGUGUCUCCACUGCCCGAAAAAGCGGAGCAGGCACCAGCCAAGCAGCUGCCCCUGGAGGAGGACGCGCAGGAUGGUGAUGGCCCCCCGGACAAGGGGCCCUCCGACGCCGAGCCACCUUCCCCAGGCUCCCCGCUGGAGCAGGGAGGUUUUGUGGAGGCCGAGGACAGCCCCGAGGCGCCCGCUCUCCCCGCACAGCUGCCGGCGGACGUCCUGCAGGACUCGGAUAUCCUGGAGAUAGUGGAGCAAGCCCUGGAGCUCAACCAGGAGCUGGUGCUGGGGGCCAGGCUGGCGGCGGGCGGGCAAGGGGCUGGCGGCAGCGCCGAGCCCCCCCAGGAAGACGAGGGGGGCUCCUCAUCCAGCGAGGAGCAGCCGACGGUGCAGGAGGCGCCGGCGGAGCCGUGCCGCGCCGAGGGCGGCGAGCUGAACGGGCUGCACCGCCAGGCCAGCCUGGAGGACCUGGCCGAAUUCGCCGAGGAGGGGCUCAACGGCAUCGCCCCCCCCGGCGAAGCCCCCGCCGCCAAGCCCGCCGAUGCCCCCCAAAGCCUCCCCCUGCCCGGCAAGCACGGCGGGGCCGACGCCGUCCCCGCGCUGUCCCCCACGGGGGACCAGGUCCCGCGCCUGGAGCCAGAGCCCUGGGCCUCGGGGGACGAGUGAGGGCGGCCAGCCCCCCCCCCCCCCCCGCAGCCCCGCUCCCUCUCGACAAUCGGACGCCUCCCGUAGCCCCCACCCGCGUAGCAUGCCCGUUUCCUUGUGGUUUUUAACACUUUUCGUGUGGAUUUUGCCUCCUUAAGCGGAUGCCCGGCAGAAGGUCGCGUCCCGAGAGCGGAGAAGAACCGGGCUCACCCCGUGCCCCCCGAACCCCACGGCCCCGCUGGGCUCAGCCUCGUUUCGUGCCCCCCCAGGUGCGCUCUCCACCGCAGUAUUUAAUUUAAA